AUUACAACCAGGUUGGUCACACUUUAAACACAUUUACAUCUCUCCUUCAUCAUUUAGACGAGGCAUAUCCGAAAAUUAAUUUAGAUCUACCGACCUUCAUAAUAAUAGGCCUCUUCAAUCCUGUUAUUUUUUUUAUUGUUAAUUAUUAAUUAUCUGUCACAUACGGGCGUGGACCUACUUUCCAAAAUAAGUACAAACAGAUAAUUGGAUAUAUAUUUUUUAAUUGUUUUAUUAUAAGUAAGUUCCUGAUAGGUCACACAUGCUAAACGAACACGCCCACUCUAGAGAAAGCCUCGGCCUGUGUGCGCCUCGAACACACGUUGGAGCUCUUUGUUGCUAGGCAACCGCAGCACGGGAGAUUGACAGCAGGUGAUCGCCGCGCGGGGCGUGUAUCGACCACUCACUCUCUUUCACUGAAGUUGCAAAGCCGUAGGCUAGUUCACUCUGACACAAAACAUCACAACAAAAGAGACACACAACUCAAGCGGGGACACACGGCAUCAGAUACACAACAGGGACACUGAAAUCAGGAGCGUCUUGCAAAUCGUUUGUGGUCGUUUUGUGGUCUUACAAGGCAUGCCUGAGGUGGAGCACACACGAUUCCCAUCCAGGGAGGACAGACACAACCCACCAGUUGUCAAGGACCAUGGAACCACAGAGAGCCAACCAUUCAGCAACGAGGAUCAGGCAGAUCUUCAAACCGUCUGCCCCGGCAGACGUCGCAGUUGUGCCCUGGUUAACUCUCCCUCACCGUGUGUCAACAAAGCUAUUUACCACAUCCAGGAGCUGAAGAGGAAAGUGGAGAUUUGGUGUCAACAGCCGGGGAAGAAUAUUCCCCACUGGACUCCCGACAAGAAGCAAUUCAGCAAAACUUUCAGUGACCCAGAUGCAGGAUCCAUCAUAUCUACAGAGUUGUACAUCGAAGGCAUUGGACUCACCUUAAGGGGACCAGCAGGCAGUGGGCCGUGGUCACCUCUCCGCAAGGAGACGGCCGACGCGCUGGUGGAGGUGGUGUACCUGCUGGAGCGGCUGGAGGCCGACCGGCAGGACGGCGAAGACACCCUGCUGACGGAGAAGGGGCGGAGGAAGCGGCUGGAGAAGCGGCUCCGCGGCGUGGCGCUCUGGAAGCAGCACGAGCACGCCACCGCCGUCCAGAAAGAGCACGAGGCGUGCAUCCGGGACAUCAGCGAGCUCCAGUGGCACCUGAAGCACCGGCGGGCGGCGGCCGAGGCCCAGCGGGGGAAGCUGGCCGGCCUGGAGCUGGUGAACGGGCGCCUGCGCGAGGACAUCGCCGCGGCCCAGAGGCAGGCUCCCCUGCUCGGGGAGAAGACGGAGCAGGAGACCCGCCUCCUGGAGGACCUCACCGCCGCCCAGACCCAGGCUGAUUGUGUUCAUGAAGAGGGCAGCAGUAGUCUCCAGUUACUAAAGGAGCAGCUGAAGAAGAUGGAGAAAACCCACAGCACCGGGAAGAAAGACAUGAGCUCCCAACUGAUGGACAUCAAGAUCCAACAGGCCAGCCGAGAAAUGGAGUUCAAACAGUUAAUGAUACUUUGGGAAAAGCAGUGCGUUUAUCUGAAGGAGACGCAGGAGUUAGUGGCUCUGAGGGAACAACAGUGCGCCGCCAUACAGAACCGUGUUCCUGAAAUGGAGGCGCUUGAGUCUAGUGCGGGCCAACAGGUUUUGGAAUUGGAAAUCGAAAUUGGCGAAGAGACGAGGAAAAGCGAGAAAUUAAGAGAACAACUUACUAAGUUGCACAAUGAUAUUCAGCAAACUACGCUGGAGGGCGAGGAGGAGGUCGCCCGCCUGGAGGCCGCGGUCCAAUCAAAACGCAUGGUUCUCUCGGCCAUCAGCGAGGAAAACCUCCAGAACCAAAUGGAAGAGGAGGACCUCCUCAAGAAGACGUCGGACAGCGUGAAGGCGGUGAAACAGAUGCAGAAGGACAAGAAGCUGAUGGUCAAGACGAUCAGGGAGAAGGAGGACCAGAGGGAGGCCAUCCAGGUGGAGUUGACCCAGGUGGUGGACCACCACACCGCUACCAAGGCCCGGCUGGAUGAGCAGCAGGAGAUCGCCCUCAAGGAGGAGGAGAAGAACAGGACAGCCAUCGACAGCCUGAAGAAGGAGCUGGCAAACCAGAUGAAAGCCAGGGCCCUUGUACAGAGCCAAUGUGCAAUGAUCACUGAAGAAUUACAGCGGGCGCGCUGGAGCUCAGAGCAAGCCAAUCGGAAACUACACCAGGAGCACGAGGAGGCGAUGGCGGCUAGCAGGUUGCUGGAGACCCGCAUUCAGAGGCUGAGGAAGCUCUACCAGCAGAAAACACAGAAAAUUAAGAAUUUGAAGGAGCGUUUUGGGGAAAUGCAGCGUAAACACCAGAAGACUUCGGCCAAACUCGAAGAGGAGAAAAACCUCAAAGUCGACCGAUUGAACGCUAUGAAGGAGUCCUUCACUGCCACUACAGAGAGGUUUGACUACGUUCUGAGCAGGACCAGUGACCUAACAAGAAAGUCCGAUGAGUACAACGUGUCCUCGCAAACGAUGGAGAAAACCGCCAAAACCCUCGGGAAACGCGUCGAACAUCUCCAGGCAGUUUUUGACAUGGUGGCAUUCCAGCAGCAAUCAGCCACUGGGCUAAUGAACACUCUGCAGUCAGAUAUGAAGAACUGUCUGCAGAGAACGCAGCACUGCGAGGCCGUCCACACAGCUCACUACGCUGCGAGACAAAGGAAAAUGGAAGACACGAAGGAGGCCCUGAAACAGGCACUGAGGGCCAACGCCGCGUUGGCCCAGCGGUACGGCGAGCUCCAGCAGAGCCUCCUGGCGGCCAGGACGGAGGCGGCCCGCGUGCUCCACCAGAGGAACCUCGCAGAGGGCACCUUCCAGUUCAGCGCACAGCUGUCUUUGUUGCAGGGGAGGAUGCACCAGGCUAUGGUGAAAUACUUCAAACAGCGCCGGCUUUACAGCCGGGCUGAGCUGGCCCGCUGCCAGGCUCUCUCUCGGGAGACGGGCCGGAGAGUCGGCGCAGCACAGGGCGACUUGUCAGCGGCCCUCCGGUGCCUCUCUGCGUUCCAGCGGUCGUUGACAGAUGACUCCGCCGCCGCCGCCGCUGUUGAUGCCGAUGACGAUGAUGACGGUGGUGAUGGCGUCGUGGUCAACAGACGCGCCGCCCUGCGCGUCGCCUUCAAGCUGAGCUCGGCGAACGCCCUCGCACCACGGCCGCGGCCGUAAUUGGACGUUCACCUGGACCCAGACGACUUACUUACCCCGUGCAUGCUUCACUACUCUUCCCCCAUCCCCCCCCCUCCCCCCCUCCUCCCUCUCCUCCCCUCCCCCCUAUCCUCUCUCUCCCUUUCCAUCUUCCACUCUCUCACUCUCUCACUCCAGUAGAGGCAGAUCCAUAACAAUGAAACAGGUGACUUUCAUGCUGCUGUCAGGACUGAUCUAAUUUUAGCUGGGUGAAUGAUUGCAAUUGGCUUUGCCUCAUCAGAUAAUUAAUCUAUGUCACCAUUAAUUGGGAAAAGAGAAUAAUUACAGGCGGUGUUGACAGAAAUUCUACGCUCCCCCAGAUCCCGGCGUCUAAUUAGGGGGCCCGCCGCGAGAUCCCCUGACCCGCGGCCCCCCGGGACGCACAGCGACCCGCACCCGCUUGACCGCGGCCGCGGGGAACACAUACUCCCCCCCCCCCCCCCGUCCCCCCCGUCCCAAGCAAACGCUAUGUUUUUAUUUUUUCCUGAUCAAUCCCUAACCCGCCAUACCAUACCAUCAACCCCCCCCCCCCCCACACACACACACACACCCGCUCGUAUGCAUACACACCCCACUACCCCCUCUCUAUCUUCCCUCUUGCUGUCUCCCCCCCCUCCCCCCCUCCCCCCUCUCUCUCUCUCUCCCCUCUUUGAGAGCUGUCUCCCUCAAUCACUUUUCAAUAUUCAAUCUUAAUUUUGUGGAAGUUUAGCAUUUUCAAUGAGCUGGAGAUGAAUGAUUAAUGAAUAAAUUUAAAUGCUUCAUUUUGUCCAUGGAUCAUUAGUUAAGUCCUUUGUGGGAAGGACCUGAGAAAAGGAGUGGAAAUUAUUGAGACAUUAGCCUGAAGCAAUCCAGGGGUAAAUAGUGUGCGGGAGACAGGAUGUUGUCGCCGGCGCGCCAUCCACUGGCUCCCCACAAACAACCCUGGGGAAAUGCCGCCUUCAGUUUGCCAUCUUAACUGAAACACGUCUCCAAUUGGAGACAGGAACAAAUGCGUCGCCACUGAUUCCCGUCGAUGGCGGAAAACAUGAACGCCGUCGUCAUACAUGCGCUAACGAAUUCAAGCGACGCUUUGCCCCUCCUGAUUUUAAUAUAAUCCCCGUUUUGUUUUAUUUAUUUUUAUCUUUUUACUUCUUACUAAUAAA